CAGCAACUCAGUGAUGCCAGAGAUCCCACCACUAAGGCAGAUGAGCUGUAUUUGUAGGGAACAUGAACCAGUUUCAGACCAUUAUCAAGGUGACCAAGGAAGCUGGCUCUUACCAGUUGGCGCAAACAGCUUAGCAGGGAGGGGAGAUGGUGAGGGAGCUCAGCCUCAAACCCUCCGUGCUUUCUGCAAACCAGUCAUCCCUCCGAUGCCCAAACUUUGCAGGGCGGAGGCAGCCGGGGAGGGAGCGGGGCUGUGGGGAGCAUCACUCCUGCGGGAUGCUGGCGGUGGGAUGGAUGAUGUCCGCCCCGCUCCCGGCAGCGCCCGCGAUGUGAUUCCUCCCUGCCGCCGGCUCCGCUCCCAGACAAAGGCUGAGCUCAGCGCCCGCGGGCGGCUGGACCUGGGCUACCCACGCGAGCGCUCCGGCUGCUCCCCACCUUCCCCUGCACCUCCCCGGGAACAUCCAGCAGACGGAUCAAAGCUCAUCUUUUGUCAUCGAAAGGAUUAGCUCCCCGGGGAGCAGCGGCGGAGGCUGAGCCCACGCUCCCAGCCUGCUUCCCAGCACGCUCAGGAGUUUUGGAGCCAACCUCCCGGCAGCUAAUCCCCCUCGCUGCCGGAGCCGGGGAGGCUGGGAAGAGCCGGCAGGUGAAGGGACAGGAGGGAAGAGGACGGGGAGGAGUGUCACACACACGCACACGCACACGCGGGCACCCCGCACACGGCAGCGGGCAGCGGCAGCGGAUCGGCGGCUGCGUGCGGGGAGCUCCGCAGGGACCCAGCCCGGAAUGAAACAAGCUGGAGCAUCAGGAGAGAGGAUCUGUUCGCUUGGAAAAGUCUGUAAGGAAUCGAUCGGGAGAUGCCGGUAGAAGUUGCUGAAAGCCAGGCUGGAAUGGCCAGGAGCUGCGCGCCGCCGGCCCCGUCGCAGAGCGGAGCAGCUGAACUUUGUGGGGUCUGAACAUUUGUCUCCUCUGCGAACGCUCUGGGCAGCGCGAACGGGAGAGCCGGGACCGCACCGCGCACCUUGAGCCUGACCGAGCCUGGGGCAGAGCCAAGGGGGGAUUUCUGUCUCGCCAAGGACCAUCGCCUCUGAAGAAAAAAAGCUGGAGAAGGGCAAUUUAUCUUUCUUUUCCAGAUGACUGAAAAUAUCUACAGGAUCCUGUCUCUCUGGUUUUCAUCGGUGAGUAGCAUAAGGGACAGGCUGCUGAGGAACAAAAAUGAUAUCGGUCAAAAUCAUUCCAGCACCUACUUUUUCCUAAGGAACUUCAUGCCCAUAGGGGUUUUCUGCGGGCAUUUCCAGGAGUGAGACGAGGUACCACAGAUGCAUCCCUACCGGAUCAUGUAAGAAUUUGCAAAUGAGAAACGUACCCCAUCCAGACCUUCUCUGCCCGCUUUGCAGUACAUGGUUUGGUGUAAGCACAGCAAUUCUCACCUCUUUCUCUCCCUUUUAAGUCUCUUGAGCUUGGAGACCUCUUUCCUCAUUGCAAUUAUGAUUAUUUGCAACAUCAGUGCCAUCAAAGAUUGGAGCACUUUCCUUUCCCAAAUCCUCCCCAGCGUUAACAAGACUCUGAACUUGGUACAGCAAGUGGAAGCCACCACCAGCUCGGUGGUAAGUGUCCUCCAGGACCCCGAACAGGACAACUACCUGUCCAAUAGCCAGUCCAUGAACUCCAGCAACUUUACAGCUGGCCUGGACCACUUGUUCCAGUACUCAUACUCGGACAAUGACCAGCUCUACAAGGAGUACAAACCCCCUCCUCGAGAUGCCAUUCCUCUGCCCAAGGCUGUCCUCUACCUCCUCAUGGCAGCCCUGGUGGUGGUGGCAGUGGCGUACGCCAUCGUCGGGCAUCUCAUCAAGGACCUCAUUUACGACUUUGUAGACUGGAUCUUUGGCCCCAACCCGGAUGACAACAGCAACAAGAGCGACAUCAACUGCAUCAGCAACAGCGUCAACGAGAUGAGCGAGAUGCCCGAGGCGCCGCAGCGGCACCGGGAGCGGCAGCCCCAGGACGUGGUCAUUGCCAUCAGCGAGACUUGCCACCUGCCGCAGCAGACGUGACCGGCGCCACGCCCGGGCCAGGCGGGAUGGAGCAGCGGGAUGGAGCAGCGGGAUGGAGCAGCGGGAUGCAGAGGAGGGAUGGAGCAGUGAAACCGUGCAGCAGCCGCCUUGCAGGGCCGGGCGGGGAGAGGAAGGGAUGGGCAGAGCCGGCGCCGUGGAGCAAAGCCCUCCUCCCCUGGUUUUACCGGCCUCUAAGGACCUCGUGGGGGUGGGUGGCAUCACCCCUUCUCCCAGGCUUGUCAGCCCUGUCCUGACGUCUGCCCUUGGGUUUGUGACCCCCUCUUUGUUCCCUGUGAAUAGCAAAAAAGAAAAAGCAAAUGCAAAAUACACCCACCAAACAAA